GGAUCUCCAGGACCCCCCAAGGUUAAAGAUGAUGAAAAGUUAUUUGUAGGCUAACUUUAAAAAGACUUUCCUCUCUACAAAAUGUUCAUUUUUAAUUCUGCUCUCACCUUAAAUCCCCUCCAGGUUUUUUAAAAUGGAAGUGCUCACUCUGCUGCUCAUGCUAUUCACGGUCUCUGGAUAUUCAUACGUUUUGCAGCCCAGAAUGACAGUCACACAUAUAGCUGAGCUGGACAGAGACCACCAGCCUGAGAUGCAGCCAAGAAAUGUUUCACUAUCAGUGGAGGAGAAAGAAAAGGCUGCAGAAUACACUGAGAGAAGGAAAACAGAGGAGGAACAGAGGAGCGAAGGACUGACUCCAGAGACAAACCCAGAAAAGAGGAGGAUGCAAGAAAAAAUCACAGGUUUCACUGGGAAUGUAGGAGAAAUCUUAGACAUCAAUAAAGGAUACGGGAAAGGAAGCGAGGGAAGGCUGAUGCCUCUCGGGGGAGAAACAAAAACAGAGUUCUCUGUAGCCGACGUGGUGAAAGAUUUAGAUAAAGACAAAGGAGGUGAAGUGGAGAGGAGAGAAGAUCUGGAGACGAAUGAGGAGAGCGAGACGGCAGAGGACACAAAAACACUCAGUCAUCAUAAUACAUGGAGACGGGAGAGGGGAAACUUCGAGAAGAGGGAACAGAUGGAUAAACUGAGGCAAGAAAUAGAGGAAGAGGAGAGAGAGAGGAAGCUGGUUGCAGGGAUUAGUCUCCAUGAGGAGAGCAGAGGCGGAGAAACUGUAAAUCAAGAAAGUGUGGAAAGAGAGAAAAGAGAAGAAGAAGGGGAGAAGAUAAAAAAUGCAAACCACGAUGAAAGAGAAAAGGAAGAUCACAUCGUUGUUAGCAAUCUGACGCCUCCUUUAAGCACCUCCUCCAUUCAAUUAGUGCAAGAAGUCAAGAUUCCUGCCACUAUUCAAACUAUCACUCAGCCUCAAAAUGCUCCUAGUUCCCCACCUCCUCCUCAUCAUCAUGAUGUCCCUCCAUCACUCCGUUUUACACCCACACCUCACGCCACAGUCAGUCCUCAGUUCCUCCUUCCCUCCGUCACGCCUCCAAGUCCCAUCUCAGUCUCAACAGCAGCCGGUGGCCAGGUGAGGUCCGUCUCACUGCUUGAAGGUCUCCUCACUGAGGUGUUACAGAGUCCUGGACGUCAUCUCAAGCAGAACGAACUGGAAGUGAAGGCUAGCCCAAGCUUGGAGGAUGUGAUGGUUAAAAAUAUGUUGUUUAAACCUGCAGAGAAGCUCCAAACCACAGGGGAAGUAAGCACUGAACGACCCAAAGAGGCUGAAGUUAUCCCCAAGGUGCGAGCGGCAACGCCAAAACCCAAAGAAGCAAAGUUUAUGACCAAAGAUUCAAAAACUAAAGAGGCAAAUUCUACGCCCAAAUCGAAUGAAAAUAAUCUCACUGCUAAACUGGUCGAGCUCACGCUGGAACCAAACGUAACACAGCCCGCAGAACUGAUGGAAAAUGACACCAUAGCUGUACUGAAGCAAAAUAAAGCAUCUCCUCACCCACAGCUGACCAAACCUCCAGCCAAAACGCAGCUGACACCCGCCAAAACACCUUCAGUGAGGCCAGUAAAAAUCAAUAAAAGUAGUAAAAAUAAGACAAUUAAGACAUCAAAGGAAAAGAAAAGGAAAAAAGACAAUGAAACCAAGAGGCCAUCAGAGAGGAAGAAGGAGGUCACGCCAACAUACUUUCCUUACUUUAUGGACAACUACUGUCCUCCUGAGUGCGCCUGCUAUGGAAGGGUCGUCCAGUGCUCGGACAAAGGUGUGGAUAAGGUUCCUUACGGUAUUCCCUAUAACGCACGCUACAUCCUCCUCAUGAAUAACCACAUCAACACCAUCCAGCUGGACCUGCUCAACGAAUACGUCUCUAUGGAGUUCCUUGUGUUGAGCAACAAUCAGCUCACAGAUGGCGCCAUCGAGGGGGCCUUUGAGGGGAUCCCAGCUCUGAAGCGCCUCUACCUGGACAGGAACCUCCUAGAAAGCGUGCCGACUGACCUUCCACUUUCUCUCGAGGAGAUUCGUUUGGACAAUAACCAGCUGAGCGUGAUGUCUGAGGCAGCGUGGGCCCGCUGCCCCGGCCUCUUGGUUUUGAGCCUCAGCAACAACAGCCUGGGAAAUGGAUCUGACUCUCUUCCCGAUGCAGUGCUCUCUCCUUUGUCCAACCUGCGCACUCUGAACCUGGAUCACAACCAGCUCGCAUCAGUUCCCCUGGGCUUACCACUGUCCGUCAAGGAGCUCUACCUCAAAGGGAACCUCAUUGAGCACUUCCGAGGAGGAGCCUUCAGUGGGAUAUCAGAGCUGGUGGUUUUGGAUCUGAGUGCAAACAGACUGACAAACAAGGGUCUUCUCAAGGAUUCCCUUCUCAAUGCAACACACUUAGAAAGCCUCAACUUAGAAGGGAACAGACUAAAACAAGUGCCACGACACCUUCCCCGCUCACUGAAAACUCUAAAUCUGGAGGGCAACCUCAUUUCUUCCAUAAAGAGAGCGACUCUUUACCUCUUGAAAAACCUGGAGCACCUGGGUUUAGCACGGAAUAACAUCUUCAAAGUGGCACCAGGGGCGUUCAAGGCAUUGCCCGUCCUGCACCAGUUAGACCUGUGCCACAACACCUUGCGCCAGGUGCCCAGACAGCUGCCGCAGGCUCUGCACUCAGUGGCACUCACCCACAACAAGAUUCAAUCAGUGCCCCGCGACGCUUUCUGCUGGGGCAACACAAGUCUGAGUCUCAGCGGGCUCGUACGAGUGCAGCUGGAACACAAUUUAAUUGAUAUGAGGAAGUUGGAUGCACAGGCUUUUAGGUGCUUACGGGGUUUCCAGGUGGUGCACUUCUACUGAUCCUUAAGAGGAAAACAUACAAACACUCAUGCUGCAAUCUGGCAGCACUCCUGAGUUCCUCCCAUACUUAAAGGCCAUCUACCUGCGCCCUCCUCUUGCAUGUAUGUCUGAUGUCACCCAAGUUUCCAGGCAUUGAUGAAGCAUAAUGUCAAAAUAUCUGGGCAGGACGUCGUUCUACCUAAUAAAUCUAAAUACUCUUCCCACCAAAUAAACCUCCCACACUCUGAAAACUAAAUCUUGGCAGGUACGAUUUUUAGAAUACUUACUCCCUGACUUUAUAACCCUCAUCCAUGACCUGUGGUGAAUGCCACUGCUGUGCCAGGAACCAACGGUAAAACUGACCAACGAGUGAAAAAAUAUAUUUAUUGUGUGUGAAAUUCAAUUUUCUGUUGGUAACCCACCCAAGCCUCACACUUUGGCUACUUUUACGACAUCAGUUCUGUUCCCACAGACUGUUCCUCCCAACAUCCCUUGAGGGUUGGAGAACAAUGGAUUCCUGCACAUGCAGCAGGAAUAGUCUAACCACAUUAUCAGCAACUAAAAGUUGCCGUGUGAUUGCCAGACUUCGAUCUAUUACGGAUCUUGCUGGAGGUUUUCCCAAGACCAUUUUCCAAAGCAGAACCAUUUAGAAUAAUUUCCAGCAACAUUUGGUUUCCAUUCAUUGCAGUUGCAUAAAAAUAACUUUGUAGAAACUUGCAUGAGAUAGCAAUUGUAGACACAUUCAUCACCUUUAUCAUCUUUCUAUCUCUAAUCUAUCCCUGAUGGUACAUUUGAAUCAUCAGCUGCUCUAAAGAAUGUAUAUUUCUUUUGACAGGGAAUUAAAUUAAGAGUGCUUAUGAUAAUCAGACAUGGAUAAUAUGAAAAAGAUGAUGCAAAUUAUGCCUCUUUUUUGCAGCGUAAUGAGAAUCUCAGAUGGGUUUUUGGCUCAGGGUUUUCUCUGCUGCUCCAACAACAGGAAGAGUUUUCAGAACAUCGCUGCUCGCACUUUGACAAAAAUAAACUGAUGUGAUCCUCUCUCAAACACAUUUUAAGUGUAUGCAAGGUGGUUUUAGGUAAGGCUCAACCUGUUAAUGGUGUAAAUAUUGUAAACUUGGUGUGAAUUCAGUGAAUUUCCAUAUGUCUGCAGGUUUGUACAAACAAGAUCAGCUGGUUGUUACAAUGUUGGAAACUUUAAAAGUCCACAAGUGAGGUGGGAAGGAGUUCAUUAUGGAUUAUGGUCCUGUGUGCUAAACUUACCUGAGUAAUACACUUACUUUCACUUGUAUUUGUCCUGUUUUUUCAAUGUGGACCUAUAUGAAUAUAGAUGCUUUACUUCAGGUUAUGACAGAACUCUCUUUUGACUUUCAUAUAUUAAUUCCUCUGUGAGCUCAUUGAUUCAAAUCACCC